GCCGGCAUCGACGAAGACGCCUUCGCCGACAACGCUCGCUUGCGGUCGUUAUUUUUAUCCCGUAAUCAUCUCAACAGCGUCCCGCCGGGUCUCCCGCCGGCGUUGGAAGAGUUACGAUUGGACGAUAAUCGCAUCCACACCAUCCCCUUACGCGCUUUCGAAGGCCUACCGGCCUUACGGCGUUUGGUCUUGGAUGGCAACUUGUUGGCCAACCAACGGAUGGCCGACGAUACCUUCAGCCGUUUGGGCAACUUGAGCGAACUCUCGUUGGGUCGUAACGCCUUGGCGGCGCCUCCCGCCAACCUCCCCCGCGCUCGUUUACGCCGCCUUUCGUUAGCGGCCAACGCCAUCACCCACGUCCCGCCGGGCGCUUUGGCGCGCAUGGCGGCCUUGGAGAGGUUGGAUCUUUCCGAUAAUAAUUUAACGACGUUGCCGCGGGGGUUGUUCGACGAUUUGGGGCGCUUGAGUCACUUGGGUUUGCGCAACAACCCUUGGGUUUGCGGUUGUAAUUUGGCCUGGCUUCGGGAU